AUGGGAGGUUGCGAGAAGAUCUGUUUGUGCAUUUUGGCUAUAUUCCUGCCACCACUGGCCGUCUUGAUCAGAAAGGGCUGCAGUGACAAGUUCUGGAUCAAUCUUAUCUUGACCCUCUUGUUGUGGAUUCCAGGUGUUAUCCACGCCUUCAUCGUUAUCCUUGACUAA